GGUACCCGCCGCCCUCGUCCCGGGCCCCUCCGCAGCGCGGGGCGCUCUCCGGCGUGCGGCAGGUGCAGGAGGUGCGGGCGGCCGCCCCACAACCCCCCGCCCGGCGGCGAUGCCGGCGGUGCAGAAAACGGUGUCCGAGAUCCGCUCCCGCGCAGAGGGCUAUGAGAAGACAGAUGAUGUUUCAGAGAAAACUUCUCUAGCUGAUCAAGAGGAACUGAGAACUAUAUUCAUCAACCAGCCCCAGCUAACCAAAUUCUGCAAUAAUCAUGUCAGCACUGCAAAGUACAACAUAAUCACAUUCUUGCCAAGGUUCCUUUAUUCCCAGUUCAGAAGAGCUGCUAAUGCAUUUUUUCUUUUUAUUGCAUUACUACAGCAAAUACCAGAUGUGUCACCAACAGGCCGUUACACAACAUUGGUCCCUCUCUUAUUUAUUUUAGCUGUAGCUGCAGUGAAGGAGAUAAUAGAGGAUAUUAAAAGGCAUAAAGCUGAUAAUGCAGUGAACAAGAAACAAACUCAAGUACUACGAAAUGGUGCAUGGGAGAUUGUCCACUGGGAAAAGGUGGCAGUAGGGGAAGUAGUGAAAGUGACCAAUGGGGAACAUCUCCCAGCUGAUCUCAUCAGUCUGUCAUCAAGUGAACCACAGGCUAUGUGCUACAUCGAAACAUCUAACUUAGAUGGUGAGACAAACUUAAAAAUUCGACAGGGUUUGCCACUAACAUCAGACAUAAAGGACAUAGAAAGCUUGAUGAGUCUUUCUGGCAGAAUUGAAUGUGAGAGCCCAAACCGACACCUCUAUGAUUUUGUUGGAAACAUCAGACUGGAUGGGCAUGGUACUAUUCCACUGGGAGCUGAUCAGAUUCUUCUACGAGGAGCUCAGUUGAGAAAUACUCAGUGGGUUCAUGGGAUAGUUGUCUAUACAGGACAUGACACAAAACUUAUGCAGAAUUCAACAAGUCCACCUCUUAAAAUGUCUAAUGUGGAACGAAUUACGAAUAUUCAGAUUUUGAUUCUGUUCUGCAUCCUCAUUGCUAUGUCUUUGAUCUGCUCUAUUGGUUCGGCUAUAUGGAAUCGAAGGCAUACUGGAAGAGACUGGUAUCUUGAUCUAAAUUAUGGUGGAGCAAGCAACUUUGGGUUGAAUUUCUUGACUUUUAUCAUUCUCUUCAAUAAUCUUAUUCCAAUCAGUUUGUUGGUUACACUUGAAGUUGUUAAAUUUAUCCAGGCAUAUUUCAUAAAUUGGGACAUAGAUAUGCACUAUGAACCUACAGACACUGCUGCAAUGGCUCGUACUUCCAAUCUCAAUGAAGAACUUGGACAGGUCAAAUACAUAUUUUCUGACAAAACGGGUACUCUGACAUGCAAUGUCAUGCAGUUCAAGAAGUGUACUGUAGCAGGAGUUGCUUAUGGCCACUGCCCUGAGCCUGAGGAUUAUAGUGUUUCUUCAGAUGAUUGGCAGGGCUUACAAAAUGGAGAAGAAAAACCAUUUAGUGACUCGUCAUUACUGGAGAAUCUUCAGAGCAAUCAUCCAACUGCACCUAUAAUAUGUGAGUUUUUGACAAUGAUGGCAGUGUGUCAUACAGCAGUUCCAGAAAGAGAAGGUGAUAAAAUUAUAUAUCAGGCAGCAUCUCCAGAUGAAGGGGCGUUGGUCAGAGCAGCCAGGCAUCUUAGUUUUGUAUUCACUGGAAGGACACCUGACUCAGUAAUCAUAGAGUCUUUGGGACAGGAAGAGAGAUAUGAACUGCUAAAUGUCCUAGAAUUUACAAGCACAAGGAAGAGAAUGUCAGUGAUUGUUCGCACACCAUCGGGAAAGUUAAGACUUUACUGCAAAGGAGCUGAUACUGUAAUUUAUGACCGUCUUGCUGAAAGUUCAAAAUACAAAGAAAUCACCUUAAAACAUCUAGAGCAGUUUGCUACGGAAGGUUUAAGAACUCUGUGUUUUGCUGUGGCUGAGAUUUCAGAAAGUGAUUAUCAAGAGUGGUUAGAUGUCUAUCACCGUGCUUCUACAGCUUUACAAAACAGAGCACUUAAACUUGAGGAGAGCUACGAACUAAUUGAAAAAAAUCUUCAGCUGCUUGGAGCAACAGCAAUUGAAGAUAAACUGCAAGACAAAGUGCCUGAAACCAUAGAGACUCUCAUGAAAGCAGACAUAAAAAUUUGGAUACUUACUGGGGACAAACAAGAGACUGCCAUUAACAUCGGUCACUCUUGUAAACUUCUGAGAAAGAACAUGGGGCUGAUUGUUAUAAAUGAAGGCUCUCUUGAUGGAACAAGAGAGACACUUAGCCAUCACUGCAGUACUCUUGGUGAUACUUUAAGGAAGGAAAAUGAUUUUGCUCUCAUCAUUGAUGGUAAAUCUCUGAAGUAUGCUCUGACAUUUGGAGUGAGACAGUAUUUCCUGGAUUUGGCUUUGUCUUGUAAAGCUGUUAUUUGUUGCAGGGUAUCACCGCUUCAAAAAUCUGAAGUUGUAGAAAUGGUUAAAAAACAAGUUAAGGUAGUAACUCUAGCAAUUGGUGAUGGAGCAAAUGAUGUUAGUAUGAUACAAACAGCACACGUUGGUGUUGGUAUUAGUGGGAAUGAAGGUCUACAAGCUGCAAAUUCUUCAGACUACUCAAUUGCUCAGUUCAAGUAUUUGAAGAACUUGUUGUUGGUUCAUGGAGCCUGGAAUUAUAACAGAGUAGCUAAAUGCAUCUUGUAUUGUUUCUACAAGAAUAUAGUCCUUUAUAUUAUCGAGGUCUGGUUUGCAUUUGUAAAUGGUUUUUCUGGACAAAUUCUUUUUGAAAGAUGGUGUAUAGGUCUUUACAAUGUGAUGUUUACAGCAAUGCCUCCACUAACUCUUGGUAUAUUUGAGAGAUCCUGCCGAAAAGAAAAUAUGCUGAAAUAUCCUGAGUUAUACAAGACUUCCCAAAAUGCACUGGACUUCAAUACUAAGGUUUUCUGGUUUCAUUGUUUAAAUGGCCUCUUCCACUCAUUCAUUCUGUUCUGGUUUCCACUAAAAGCCCUCCAGCAUGGUACUGUAUUUGGCAAUGGCAAAACUUCAGAUUACCUGCUCCUGGGAAACACUGUAUACACUUUUGUGGUUCUGACUGUGUGUUUGAAGGCUGGAUUAGAGACCUCAUAUUGGACUUUGUUCAGCCAUAUAGCUAUCUGGGGCAGCAUAGCACUUUGGGUAGUGUUUUUUGGAAUCUAUUCUUCUUUGUGGCCAGUCAUUCCUAUGGCACCCGACAUGUCAGGAGAGGCAGCUAUGAUGUUCAGCUCUGGAGUGUUUUGGAUGGGACUUCUGUGUAUUCCUCUGACAGCUUUACUUCUUGAUGUAGUGUACAAAGUAGUAAAGAGAGCUACUUUUAAGACACUGGUAGAUGAAGUUCAGGAGCUGGAAGCGAAGUCUGAGGAUCCUGGAGCAGUUGUGCAUGGCAAGAGCUUAAGUGAAAGAGCCCAGCUACUGAAGAAUGUUUUUAAGAAGAACCAUGUGAACUUGUAUCGCUCUGACUCUCUGCAGCAAAACUUGCUUCAUGGCUAUGCCUUCUCUCAAGAUGAAAAUGGAAUAGUUUCCCAGUCUGAAGUAAUACGAGCUUACGAUACAACAAAACAAAGGCCUGAGGAAUGGUGAAGAAACACAGCUCAAGAUUUGGGUCUUAGUAGUUACUUUGUGAGACAGACUACUAGAUCUUUGCUGGGAGCUGCAACUAUGGCCCAGUUGUCUGAGGUCUAAAGAUCUAUGAUGGUCUUGUUCCAUAAAGAUUGGAUUUGUGUACUCAGUAGACAUAAGCACUGUGCAACUAUACUGUAACACACCAUCUCUAAAUUUUUUAACAAGUAUUUGCUUAGCCUUUGUAAACAGAUUGGAAUUUAUCUUGUAUCUUGCCAGCUUGCUUAUUUUACAAUGAAGUUGAAUCAGUAUUGGUCAUAGAAGGCAAUGGUCAGAAUGCUAAACAUACUUUACAUUGAUAGACCAUUAGCAUCUGUGAAGGUUUUUAAGUGUUAAUAUAUUUAAAUACAGUUGAUAAAAAGCCUUUGAUUUCAACAAGUGCUGAAAAAAAGUAUAUCAAUGGUGUUAAUUCACCUUCUUUAAGAAAGAUUUUGGGUCAAGAUGUUUAUAGAUGUUUGUGUCAAACUAACCUAAAAACGUUUGCCAAAGAAGUUCCAUAAAUUUUCUGUUGUUAGAAAUAAUUUGAAAGGAAAUUAACUCCAGUCCUGAUCUCAGAACUGCAUGCUUGAGUCUCUGCACUUGAGGAGAAAGAUUUAUACUACAGUGAGUCAAAUUUGAGUGGCCUUUAUGGCAUUUACUUUCAAAACUGCAAGUCUUUGCACCUUUGGCCUUAUAGAAGCUUUCCCCUUACUUUCAUUUAAUAUUGCAUAUGUUGAAAAUGGCUGCCACCUUGUAAAAGUGAGUACACAUAUUAUUUUGUCCAAUUUUUAAGAAUUGCUCUGCCUUACUUCCCUUUAGCAAACUUUAUUUUUGCAAUGCUUAAUUGUAUCUGCUUAUACUGUAGGUUCAAAAGAAAGUUUAGCUUAUUUUAAAAAAAAUAAUUAAAUUUUCAACAUUUUUAUACUAAGAUUAUUUGAAAUGCAUACAUUGAAACAGAGAGCAAAGCAUGCCCUUUGCUAGCCUGUGGUAAGUACUGUUUUAUUUGCACUAAAGCCACUUCCUAUAAAGGUGUGAAAUGCAUUGCAGCAGACUCUUUACAACUUACUGGUCAUGCAGAAUACCUGUAUGCUCUCAUCUUUAAUUAAAAAUGGAGAGGAAAUGGCUAUAGAAAGAGAUGCACACCUGAUUUUAGAAAAAAAAAAAAAGAAGAAAAAAAGGGAGGUGUUAAAUGAGAACAUUGUGAUAACUUUUUAAAGUAGUAUUGGUAUUUCUUAGCUUACUUCCCAGCAACCAUCAGGUUUCAAACUAAGAAAAGCUACUUUAACUUCAGAAUUCAGUUAAAUCUUGUAGCUUUUUAGUCCAUGUUUAAUUCUAAGUUUAAAAGCCACCAUAAUCACAUUUAAAAUAUUUUUUUCUAUAGUAGCAGUUGAUUUUAUUUUUUAAUUGCAUUUCUGUGCACUGCACAGAGAUUUUCUCUCUUUUCUUUGAGUGGAGAUGAACUAGAUGGAAAAACAGAACAAUGGCAUCCCCAGUGAUCUGUUAAAUUAAGAAUUUCCUCUUUCUCUCCAAAUUACCUAUUUUCAACUCAAAAGUAACAACUCAUCCAAUCCCAUCUUUUCUCUGCCUUCCUUCACUAGUCAUAUACUUACUAAAGGUGACUUUAUGUCCUUGCCUUUCAUAAAACUAAACACUUAAUAUACAACUUUAUUGCACUAUCAGAUUUUCUUAUGCUCUAAAAGAAACUUAUAAAUACACGUGGAAAGCCCAACAAAAGGCACUGUAUGGAAGUACAUAUUUAGGAAGGCGUAUCAAUGGGAAGGCAGUCUGCAUUUCAUAUGCAUGUUAUGCAAUGUCUUCCUCCCAGUUUCCCGGAGUGAUCUUUAAACAGAAGCUACAGGGACAAAAGGAACGUAUCCCACUAGAAACAGUACUGCCAGUCAGUCAUGCAGACAAGAACUGCCUUCAGAAAAGCGAUUUCAGGCAUAGAUAAAUAGAUGGAUCAAUAUGGGAGGGCCAAAUCACUUGACCUAACGGAAGAAAAAAUUUGGGGGCAUGCCCCUUUCCUGAAAUGGGGAUCCCUAUUUUCUGUCAUCCAAGGGACAAUGACCAACUUCAAAACAUUUCUGAAAUUAACCAUGACAGUGUUGCUCCUUUAUAAUCUUUCAAUGUACUUAACUCAUAUAAAAUGACUCAAUCCAAAUUUAUUUUUAUUACUGAAUUUUUUUUUUAUUCUAAAUGGUUUACCAGCUGAUUUUGCAGAAAAGGACAUGAUGACUAAAAUACAUCGUAAAAUAUUUACAGUGGGAAAUGUAGAUGGUCUCUUCUGAAAUGGCAUUCUGUCUCACUAUUGUAAUACAAUUUGUGGAGAAUAACACACAGUAUAUCCCCAGUUUAACUAUGUAAAAAAGAAGGAAAGCAACUCAAACAGCUCUAAGGUACUAAAUUUCAGCUGUAAUUUAAGUUUUCUAGGAUAAUUAAGGGUUUUUCUCCCAUCUCUCUGCUUUUUCUGGUAAUUAGUGGUUGGAAGAUACCACUUGGAAAUAGUAAAAAAGACAGUGUGGCAGUUCUGUUUUUUGAUUGCUCAUACAAUUCCAUUUUAAAAUAUAAGAUAAUUUUAGCUAUGUGUGCCUAUUUUUAAAUCAGGUCAAGUAUACAGUAUGCACUUUAUUUUCACGUUGAAUACACAGUAAUAUAAUCUAUUACCAUCCUGUUAGUACAUCUUUGUUAAAAUAAGGGGAUUGUGCAGGUGUUUGUUUAAAGAAAAAACAGUUUAGGCAAAAAUGCUCAUAACAAUGCCUCUGUUCUUAUUGCCUGAACAUUCAGAUGUGUAUUAAAUACAGAAAUCACAUGGACUUUUCCAUCUCUUUCUUGUGCACUGCAUAAUGAUUACAAGUUAGUAUUAAAAACGUCCAGCAAAAGGUUGAACCAGUGCCACUUAGAAAUCGGGUAUCUUAUAUACAUACUGUUGCUUGAUUAUUUUUACGUAUAUACCUAUAUAUAUAAAGGAGUCCAAAAAGUAACAGGAAGCAAAUUUUAGGAAACCUAUUGGUAAUUUGUAUUUGGAAUUUUUUCUUGCCAUUUCCUAAUUUUACACUUAUUUUUGCAAAGCAGUUUCAACAGAUUUAUACUUAGUCAUCAUUCUAUUUGUAUAAAAUAAUAAAUAAAAUAUUUUGAAACACUAAAAGAUAGCUGAAGUUUCCUGUAUGUCCACAUGCAUCCAUAAAAUUCACUGAGUUACGAAGAUGCGUGUUAAGUGUCUUAAGACUUCUUUUGUUACAUUUAAACCCAUCUUGAAUGAUGAGUAAUUUUGAAUAUGUGUUAAAUUUAAGGAGAAGUUUUUUUCCCUUUUUUCUUAUGUAUUGUGUAAAAGUAUUUGUAGUUCUGAUGGAUUUAUCAUUCUGUCUGCAUGAGGCAAUAUUUCUAAGUGUUCUGAGGCAGUGCAUGGUGGUUGCUGUUCCUUGUUUUUUAAUGCCUUCAUUAAAAGUCUGCUCAUAAUAUAUCAAGAAGCUAGCGCUGUGUAAGCAAAUGAGUUUGUCAGUUCAGCCUUCUUGGUAGAUGUUUUCACUGGUAACAAAACUCAACAAAUGAGUUUCUCCUUCUCCCCCUCUGCCCUCGCUCCCCCACUUUCCUCGCUGUUAACCAAUAGAUCUUUAUUAAACAAAGGAAUAUUUUAGCAUUCCAAACCUGGUUCCUGCUUAUGCAAACCGUUACUCAUGUAGGCUUCAACUGGACUGUGAGUAUAAGGACUACUCAUCUAAGCAAUGAUGUGCCAAGUUGGGCGCUUUGGAGGCUUGAUACUUUAACUUAAAUGAAAGCAUUUUCAUGUAGUGAUUUGUAAUUGCAAAGCUGUGACCAGAACAAGUUUUUUUUAAAAAUCAUAUUUUAUGGUGUUUCUUUAUUGUAGAAUAGAAGCACUAAAUGUAUUAAUAUUGGGUUUUUUUACUUCAGCGUAAUUUUCCAUCAAGAUUUUCAGUGUGUGGUAUGUAUAAACCGCUGCAGAAAGUGGUCAGCCUGUAAUAGCAAAAUUUGCAUUCAAGGUAAAGUGAGGUUUUACAGCUCCACUAAGCCAUUACUGCUGAAACUGUUGUGGAAAUUAUGAAGCUGCAUGAAUGAAGACUUUUUGACUCGGUGUUUAUGGUAGUUUCUCAGGUUUAGUUUUAAUUGGAUGUUAAAUGCACUGUGUUUUUUAAAUAGUUCUUCUCUUUUAGUAACACGUUCAGGUCCAUGCAGUGUUACAUGUCAUUUGGCAUUUGGUGAAUGUGCAUGUUUUGAACUGCAAAUUUUAAAUGUUUUGUCUUUUAAUUGUUAAAAAAUGAAUAAACUUUGCCAUUAAAUAAAGAA